GGGCGUAAAUUUAUGGAGUAGAGCAUAGAUUACCACAUCAGGGUGCAUUACACUGCUGCGUGAGGACUCGGCUUCAAAAAACAAAGGUGUAACCACCUACUUUGCAUUACUUGAAGGUUUCCGCAUGCGACUGUACGUUUAAACUCAAAUAUAAACGACUGGAUGUUUCCCUCCAUUCACUUUAAAGGAUCAAGAAGGCAAAUCGCUUCGGAGACGUCAUCAAACUUUGUUCAAGGCAUGGGGAAGUCUUCUGCACAACUUUUUGUGUAGUUUUCACCACACAAUAUAUUAGAGAGUCAUUCAGUGUCGCAGAAUUAACCGGUUCAAGACGUCUGGACGAGGACGAGGCGCGUGAGGAUGCGCCGGGAUUCACACACACAGUGCGCGGAAAUGGCGUGUUCUGAGGACCCAAGCUAUGACCAACAGAAAGGGUCAGGCAUUCCACUUAUAAGAAAACUGUGCUACGCCAUUGGAGGGAUGCCCUAUCAAAUGACAAGUAAUGCCAAAGGCUUUUUCAUGCAGAUCUUCCUACUGGAUGUUGUGCAGAUGACACCCUUCUAUGUGUCUGUAAACCUUUUCCUUGGCCGAGCCUGGGAUGCAAUCACAGACCCUUUAGUGGGCUACAUGGUCAGCAAGAGUGGACGCACAUGCAUAGGCAAGCUCAUUCCCUGGAUUGUAUACUCCAUGCCUUUGGGAGUGAUUGCCUACAUCAUGCAGUGGUACACUCCCCAGGACAGCAUGUCUCCUGUCUUCAGCUUUUGCUGGUACUUUAGCUGGUGCUGUCUCUUUGACACAUUAAUGAGUUGCUACCAUGUGCCCUACACUUCCUUAAACAUGUUUUUGGGUGGUGAUCAAAAAGACCGAGACUCAGCCACUGGCUACAGAAUGGGAAUGGAGAUGUUUGCAACAUUGGCAGGAGCCACCAUUCAGGGACAGAUUGUGGGGGUGUAUCAUGCUAAAAAAGCACAAGCAUGCAGUGAGCUCAAUGACAGUAUUGCACUUACUAGAAACUACUCAUCUCUGCUGUACCACAACUCUACAACUCCUUUCACUGCCACACUGCAGGAUACGAGGAGAGCUUAUUUGAUUGCUGCAUUGGUGUUAGGAGGUUUCUACUUUCUGUGCUGCCUUGUGCUGUUUCUUGGAGUGAAGGAGCAACUGGCUCCAUUGAGUAAACUGGAUCGCAUGCAAGUGUCAUACCUGACUGGUAUGAAAAUGGUUGUGAGACAUAAUCCAUAUGUUCGACUCGUGUUGGGAUUUCUCUUUUCUUCAGUUGCUUUUCAGAUGGCCCAGGGAAACCUAGCUCUCUACUGUACACAUGUAGCUGGAUUGGGGGCUUACUUCCAGCACCUUGUACUCAUAUUACUGUUGGCAGCCACUUUGUCCAUUCCAUUAUGGCAGAUGUUACUGGUCAGGCUGGGCAAGAAGACCACUAUCUUCAUUGGACUAACAACUUACAUUCCUGCUCUCAUUAUCAUAUCCUGUGUAAAGGGUACUUUUCUCAUCUUUGCCCUGGUGGCCAUUUUGGCUGGUGCCAGUCUAGCCUCUAUCUAUUUACUGCCCUGGUCAAUGCUGCCGGAUGUGGUAGAUGACUUUAAGGUAAAGAACCCAACAUGCAGCGAUCUGGAGCCCAUGUUUUACUCUUGCUAUGUAUUUUUUAACAAGUUUGGCGGAGGAGUGUCACAUGGUGUCUCUACACUUGCACUACACUUUGCAGGGUACAAGCCUGGUGCUUGUAGGCAUGAUUCUGCAGUGAUCACCACAUUACAGGUCCUGUUUGCCCCAGUGCCCAUCUGUCUGCUGCUGAUAGGCAUGGUGUUCUUCUGCCUUUACCCCAUAAAUGAACAACGACGCUGGCAGAUCCAGGCCAAACUGCAGAAUGCGGGAGCAGAAAAUAAAGCAGAGACAAGAGAGGAGAUGUUUCUUUGAAGAAUUCAUGCCUGAUCACAAGUCACUUAUUUAUCUUAAAUACAUUUUCCUUUUAAUAGCUCUUGUAUACUAUCUGUGCAGGAUCUGUAUAGCUUUACUAAAGUGUCAUUCAAGAAUUUACCAGUGUUUUCAAGGUUUAUUAUCCAUAUUAUCCAAACUAUGUUUCAGUAAAAAAGAAUGCAACCUUAAUUAAACAUACUUGACUGGCAUAUGCUGGCACUUGUUUGUGACUGUAAGUGAGUGUAAAUAGAUUCUAAAUUGAGAUUAGUGUAAUAAAGGAUUGCAUGCUUAUAAUUCAUGAAUUUUGAAAUGAUCAUCAGAUAUAUUAGGUAACAGCCUAUACAGCAUAUACAUUUCUAGAAAGGAGUAGAAAUAAAGCACGUUAACUCCAUUUUAAAAAUAUAAAUGUAAAAAAAUUUAAAAUAUAAAUAUUAAAAUAAUUCAAAUAAAGAAAACCUUUAUUUAAAAACCAAGGAUUAUGAGUACAACAGGCACAUACUGUAUAUUUGCUUAUAACAGUCUAUAUGUAAUAUUACACAUACAUUAUAACAUACAUGAUUAAGCCCAAUUUAUUAUUAUUUUUAUUUAUGUUUUUUUAAUGUUUUUUUUAAUUCCAACUCCUCUUUUUU